AUGCCGGAAUCGCCUCUGUACUACCCCACAGGUCUUCACCAUACCCUAGCUCGAACGCAACGCUGCGAUGAAGAGACUUUGGACCUUAUAAACUUUGUCCGAGACCUCACGCAAGCCGUUAUGGACCUCGAGGACGCGUCCACAGCAGAUGCUCCCCAUGGCGAAAAGUUCGGACCAAAAGCAACCAGUAGAAUAUACACAGAGCUGGAGGUCCAAGCAUUGCACAGAAAGAAGCGCAGAACCAUAGACCAGAUUGUCGCACUUGAGGCUCGAGACGACCCUAUCUAUGAAGCGAUACGACUUUGCGCUCUACUCUACGCCACAGCCAUUCAUUGCAAAAUGCCCCUCUCUACCACCGCCCGCAGCUUCCCAAGUCGUAUUGUGCUACAGAUAAGAGACAACCUCCUCCGUACAGACAUGUCGAACUGCUGGGAUAGUAUGGUAGGCAUACUUUUCUGGUGCACGAUCGUGACUGGAGCAGCAUGCAACACUGCAGACGACGAAGACAUUGAGGUGCUGGCAACCAAAAAGUGGAUGGUCGCGCUCGCGAUUCGAAGCUCGAUUCUGCUUAUUUUCCAACACACAGAUGCUGUGGUGAGGAUGUUGAGGACGAUAUUGGUCGUGCAGAAGAUGUUGAGAGGAUCGAUGGGAGAAGCGGAGAUCUAG